AUGCCUCGACUGCUGUUGCAGGCUGAUGCUACUGGCGGUGAUGGUAUCAUCGACGAGAGGCGCGAUGAUCCAUACAACAACUUCUUUCAGUCUUCGCGUCAAUCUCUUCCGUCGGGGACGCCUCACUCCCAUCUCCCCCGCCUCUUUUCCGCUCGCCGCUUCUUCAAGGUCUUCUCUCGCCCUCACCCACCGGAAGACGAGUCCGUUCUCAAUGGACGCUCGAAGCGCAAGUUCUUCCCUCAUCGUGCUCGCUCAAACUCAUCCCUAAAGCUCGCAACCAUGAAACCCAACCAACCAGUACCAGAAGGGAAAGUGGGAGAAGGAAAUGGCGAGCAAGGUGACAAUGAUCGUGGUUCUGUGAAUGAUCCGC